AUGGCCCAGCACACCUCGCGGCAACGGGUGCACCUGCUGCAGUGUCAAACCUACCUCGACGCGAUGAAAGACCAGGGCAUUGACAACAGUAUCACACGACAGGCCGCCGAUCCGGCCGGCUAUUUCAAAACCGCAAGAUCGUACGUGACUGGCGUCAAUGACUCUCCCAAGCCACCCAAGGUCUUGAAGAUGGGUGAACACACAACCGCUGUUCGGAUCCAGGCAUUGUCGCUUGCGGAAGCCAGUAUCUCAUCAGAGCGCAUCUUCGAAAUCACAGGAAUUGACCCCAAGGUCCUAGCUGGACUACGGAAGCUAGCAAGAGAGCGUGGCUACGAUCCUUCUGUGUCGAUGCAGCUCAAAGAGGAAUACGUUCUAGACCCACCGAACACAAACCGUCCUCGAGGUCGUCCCAAGAAGAGAAAGCCGGAAGAUGAGCUCGACCCAUCGUUGCAGGACAGCCCUCAGAUUCGAGCCCCAACAGGUUAUCCGGCUCCCGAAAGUCUUCCGCCGGGCAACUGGAACUUCGGCAUCCCAGCGGGACAGGGAUACACCAUGACAUGA